AUAACGGGAAUGGGGGCGGGAAAAUCCCCUCCUGAUCCCGGGCCGACCCCCGGAUUCCUGCCCAUCGGGAUCCUGCCCCGUCUUCAGGCCGCCGGACCCGGGCCCCCGCUGGGCGAUGGGAAGAUGCCCCUGAACGUGAAAUGGCCUUUCCCUUCCGUGCCUCCGCUGCCCUGGACUCUGGCCAGCAGCAUCGUCAUGGGGUUGGUGGGCACCUACAGCUGCUUCUGGACCAAGUACAUGAACCACCUCACGGUGCACAACAAGGAGGUGUUGUAUGAGCUGAUUGAGAACCGGGCCCCGGGCACCCCCCUCAUCACCGUCUCCAAUCACCAGUCCUGCAUGGACGACCCUCACCUCUGGGGAAUCUUGAAGUUGCGACAUAUCUGGAACCUGAAGCUGAUGCGGUGGACUCCCACUGCAGCAGACAUUUGCUUCACCAAGGAGCUGCACUCUCGCUUCUUCAGCCUGGGCAAAUGUGUCCCCGUGUGCCGAGGGGACGGGGUCUACCAGAAAGGGAUGGACUUCAUCUUGGAGAAACUUAACCAUGGGGACUGGGUACACAUCUUCCCAGAAGGGAAAGUGAACAUGAGCCAGGAAUUCCUGCGCUUUAAAUGGGGAAUCGGGCGCCUGAUUGCUGAGUGUCGCCUGAACCCAGUCAUUCUGCCUCUGUGGCACGUAGGGAUGAAUGAUGUCCUCCCCAACGCUCCGCCAUACUUCCCCCGCUUUGGACAGAAAAUCACAGUGCUGAUAGGGAAACCCUUCAGCACCUUGCCUGUGCUGGAGCAUCUCCGGGCCGAGAACAAGUCGGCGAUGGAGAUGCGGAAGGCCCUCACCGACUUCAUCCAAGAGGAGUUUCAGACGCUGAAGACGCAGGCUGAGCUGCUCCAUCACCGCUUCCAGUCCCAGAGAUAGGGCUGCCGGGGUGGGGCCGGACAGGGCAAGGAGCUCAGAGCCUCCCAGCCUGGCCCCCAUUGUCCCCCCGCCCCCAUCCCCGGGAGGUGGCGGGAAGGUCGGGGGGCCGUCUUCUUCUCCCCGCCCAGGAAAGAGAACCUCGGCUUCUGGAAGCUGCCGGAGCACAUCCUGUUGGCAGCGGGUGUGAGGAGGAGAAGGAGGAGGAGGCGGCGGCGGCGGCUCCCACCUGCAGGAACCCACGUCGAUGCCCAUCCCUGGUUCAUCCCCGGAGGCUGUGCCCGCCGCUCCCUUGGGUGGCCGUGCCCGAGAGUCGGGGAAAACGACAUUGAGCUGCGGAUAAAUGGGGUUUGACGCUUUUAGACGGUUUUGAACAUUGUCACGGUUCCCUCCCUUCCCUGUGCAGCGACCAGGGACUAUUCCUCAUUUUGGUAACGGAGCGGCAGGCAGGUACCCACCGCCCCCUCCCUCGUGUGCCAAGAGCGCUCGCUCCCUAUGGAACCGCUCCGGGGCAGCUCCUGAGCGGCCGCCGCUCCCUGGGUGCCCCACAAAAAUGGAAGCCCCCUUUAAGCUCCUUAACCCUGUGGCUGGGGCAGGGUUCGCUCUUGUUUUUAAUUCUGGUGUCGUGGAGGGAAUGGCUGGGGUUGGGAAGACCCCUGAGGCAGACUCCGUGUCCUGAUGGCUCAACAUCCUAACCGUUUCCCGAGCUGCGAUGGCGGGGAGACUCCCGGUAGGCCCGAGGUCUCUGCCGUCAGAGGCCUAGGCCUUAUCGAGUCGGUGGCCGCAUUGAGCGCUGACCCUCUCAGCGUCACCAUCUGUGUCCGGCCAGGGACUUGUAGAACUUGGCUACAGCGCCCUUUUUAUUUAGACUUUUGCUCCCCAGAGCCUGGGGUCUUUUGGAGGGGAAGUUUGGGCACAGCCUCAUCUUCCUCCCAUUGGGUAAGUAGGAGGAGAUCCACUCAUCAACUGUCGUGCCCCAUUUUCCCCCUUAGAUCAGCUGUGGAUGGCUCUCCUCCCCCACUAGCCCUCCUGAGACCCUGGCUAGAGCACAGCCCAUGAUUCUAGUGGUCAGGCAACCUCACCCUGGCCCCUUUUGUUCCCCAUGUCAGUAGGGCCUUCUGUCCCCUCACCUCCUUAGGAACUGGCCAGGAGCAGAGCCCAAACUCCAUGACCGGCCGGGACGCCAGGCUAUGCACCUGUUUGAUGCCCGUGCAUUUUGAUACUUUUUCCAAUAAAGGUUAUGCCCAUUCCCUG